UCGUUGCCAUCGCGCUUACCGCGGGUGCCAAGGGUGUGGCGUAGGACGAGCCGUUGCCACCGUAGGAUCCGUCGGGGUCCACGUUCGUUCUCAUAAAAGGUCAUGCUACAUUCGCUGAGAUCGGAUUGGCUGUCUCUGAUUAAAAUCUGACAGGAAUACAGACGUGUCAGCUAACAAGACGAUCGCACAGGUAGUGUUUUUAAUCCCGUUACUCUCCGCUUUAUUUAAUUCGUAACAGAAGUCACAGUGUAAGGCAGAUUAAGUGCCAGCGAGUAGAAGAAAAAGAUAGCCAGGAGUAUUUGUCAACGUCAAAGCGUAAACCGUCCUCUUCCGUUAAAAUAUGCCAGGGGUUACAGAUAUGUCGUUGGAUCAUAUGUUUUGCUCCCGAUGCAGAGAAGGCUUCGUUGCGCAUGAGAAGAUUGUUAACUCAAACGGCGAAUUGUGGCAUCCUCAGUGUUUUGUGUGCGCGCAAUGUUUUCGGCCAUUUCCAGAUGGAAUCUUCUACGAAUUUGAAGGAUACAAGUAUUGCGAGCAUGACUUUCACGUUCUAUUUGCACCGUGCUGCGGCAAGUGUGGUGAGUUUGUCAUCGGCCGCGUGAUUAAAGCGAUGAACUCGAAUUGGCACCCACAAUGCUUCCGCUGCGAAGAGUGUAAUGGUGAAUUGGCGGAUGCGGGAUUCAUCAAGUGUCAAGGCAGAGCUCUAUGCCACACGUGCAACGCCAAUGUGAAAGCUGGGGUGCUUGGAAAACAUAUAUGUCAUCAAUGCCACGGAGUAAUCGAUGACAAACCUUUACGAUUCCGCGGUGAACUUUAUCAUCCAUAUCAUUUCAAUUGCACAACUUGUGGAGUAGAACUCAAUUCCGAAGCCAGAGAAGUCCGAUCUCGACCUGGCUACGCUGCCAAUGAAAUGAACGAGCUGUAUUGCUUACGAUGUCACGAUAAAAUGGGAAUCCCGAUUUGCGGCGCUUGCCGGCGUCCCAUCGAGGAACGCGUGGUAACGGCGCUCGGCAAACAUUGGCACGUAGAGCAUUUCGUAUGUGCUAAAUGCGAAAAGCCUUUCUUAGGUCAUCGUCAUUACGAGAAGAAAGGUCUCGCUUAUUGCGAGACUCAUUAUCAUCAGUUGUUCGGGAAUCUCUGCUUCGUCUGUAAUCAAGUUAUCUCUGGAGAUGUUUUUACUGCGUUGAACAAGGCGUGGUGCGUCCAUCACUUCGCGUGCGCGUUUUGCGACCAAAAGAUGAAUCAGAAGACGAAGUUCUUCGAAUUUGAUCUAAAGCCCGCGUGCAAGAAAUGCUACGACAAAUUUCCGCAAGAGCUAAAAAAGCGGAUGCGACGUAUGUACGAUCUGAAUCCCAAAAGAAUUCCACCAGCGUAAACGCAGCUCUUCUGUGUGAAUCUUUCAAAAAUAAUCAAUACUCAUUUGCGCUUAUUGCGCUAUAUAGAUAGUGCCUUAUCUAUCUUAGUGUCGAGAAAAAGUAUAUUUAAUUAUUUGUCGCAUUGUAAUCUAUAUUCUGCCGAAGCUACUCUUUCGUCAAUUACAAGUACUUGACAUAAUUGCUUAAUUCUACUAAAUGUUCUUUUUGUGAUUCGGAUGUUGAUGAAACGUCUAUUGAUUGUUGAUAUUACGUCUAAAUCUAAAUAUCAGUCGCGAAUACAAGUAUAGCACUGGUUUACAGCACGUCUUUCAUGCCCUUUUUUCAUCGGGCUAUGGAAGCUGCUACAAUUUAGAUUUUUCACUUAAAAAGUUUGAUUGUAUCAAGCUUUUCGCGUUUUUUCUAUUCUUUCUUUCUAUCUAAAUGUAUGUUUCCAUUUUCUACCACUGUAUAAAUUAUAUUUUUAAUUAUUAUUUUUGUCACAUCAAGAUUAUAUAUAUAAGAGUAUAUAUAUCUCGAUAUCUUCAAAUUUUGAUGAUAUCGAGCGGCUCUAAAGAAUCAUUAAAAUUGAAUUCAUUGUGUUCGAUCAAAAUAUAUCACAUUUUUUAAUUAAAUUUGUAAUUACAUUAUAUUGCUAGCUGCUAUUCAGGUUUAUUUAUCAACAUUCGAGUCCUAGUUAUUAAGGGUUUUCGGUUUUACUUACUAAUUUAUUUUUUCAUGUAUUUAAAUUUGUUAUUACCUGCAACGUUAAGAUUAUAAAAAUAAUAAUAUAUAUUUGAAGCGCUGAAAAACUGACGAUCACAAAACGCUGAUUUUGAGACGUGCAAUGUUGAAGUUUUAAUAUACAAUUAUAAAAAUUGUACACUGAUAGCGAUAUUAUAAUACAGAAACAGUAAUGUAACAUGUAAUAUUUGGAACCAGCCUUAAAAAUUUAAUCUAAAUUGUAACAAAAAUUGACUUGCUUUUCAUGUAUUUAAGCGUUUUAUUUGGUAUUAUAAGGAUAUGCCACAUGAGAUGUCAAUAAAAGUAAACAGCGAAAUUUAUCGAUACUUUUUGCAUAAGAAUCCAUAAACUACACUAUCGAUCACAUGUCUCACACGUAAAGCUAUCACAAAUGUUUGUUGUAAACAAAUGAUAAGAUAUUACAACUUAUUGUACAUAUAAUUACACAAUAUGUAAGCGAGAAUAUUAAUUGAUAUGAAAUUGAGAACAAAUGCGUAUUGUGUAUAUAAAUAAAUAAACAAUUGAAAUAAA